UUUACCAAAUUUUACAGCGUGCAGCAGCUCCUACCCUAAAGGACUAAAACCUUCUUCGGUCACAGUUCUCUGAAUUCAACCAUGGAUCCCCAACCUGAACCAGUUAGCUACAUCUGCGGAGAUUGUGGAAUGGAGAAUACGCUGAAGCCAGGUGAUGUUAUUCAGUGCCGUGAGUGCGGUUAUCGAAUCCUUUACAAGAAGCGCACUCGUCGCAUUGUUCAGUAUGAGGCACGCUGAAGAAAACUGCAGAAGCAUUGGCAAGUAAUUUCCAUGAAUCAUCAUAACAUGUGAAACCGUUGCUGCACGUGUGGUUGGUUAUCUUGUUUUAUGACAUAUGGGAACUGUUUUUAAUAUAUUGAUGAUCUGAGUAAUUCUAAGGUAGGGUUGCCUUUGGGUAUUUAGAAAAGAACUCUGAAAUGUGUGAAUAUGUUAAACGUCCAUGUUUAAUAGUCUGCAAAUUUAUAUCACGGAUAUGAUUUAAA